AUGAAUACCCACAACGCCCCCAUGCUCCUCGACCUUGCAAUCCAGAAUAUUGUACGUGAUGAAGACUUAGUCAUCCCUAUUCUGGAAUGGCUGCCUGAGCAUAUCUUUCUGCCUCUACUAGAGGUAGCCGUCACAGGGAGACACUACAAGACACUGAGGGCAAUCAUAGGAGACUGGCCUUACCCCUACCUCUCCCUGAGAGUCCUAAGGGGAGUUGAGAAGCCUCACCAGGACAUCUUAAAGGCUUUACUGGAUGGCGUCGAUGACCUGUUUCUCCAGAAGAUUCACCCCAAGAGAUCAAAACUACAAGUAUUGGAUUUACGGGAGAACACAGUAACCAACGCCUGGUAUGGAGGAUCAGGAAGCAUGGCUGGGUCAUCUGCAUGCUCUGUAAAGGAGUUAGUGGACGCUCAUCACAGAAGAAAGAGACAAAAAGUGGGAGAGUCCAUGUUGGAGGAGAGGCAGCUCUUUGACCCCUUGGUUGUGCUCAUAGAUGGGCUUAUUGAGAACGGCGGCCCUGAUGAAUCCCUCACCUACCUCAUUGAGAGGGUCCAACAGAGAGAAGACAUACUGCACCUCUGCUGUAGCAGGCUGGAGCUUGUGAACGUGCCACGUAAUUUUUUUCUCAUUGAGAAAAUGAUGGAGACCUUACAGCUGGACUUUAUCGAAGAGUUGGUGAUGAAAUCUACCUGGGAAGUGGACAUCCUGGGAAGUUUUGCCCCUUACCUGGGCCAGAUGGUUAAUCUGAGAAAACUGACACUCUCUAGAGCCAUCAUGCAUUUUUGGUUGCCUCAGGAUGAUGAGCAAGAGGCAGAGAACCUCUUUGUCCAAUUCACCUCCCAGUUUGCGCAGCUGCAACAGCUCAAAGAACUCACCGUGGAGUACGUCCACUGCCUGCAUGGUCGCUGGGAACAGGUGCUCAAGUACCUAAAGAACCCCUUGGAAUUCCUCUGCAUAACUAGUUUACCACUUUUAACAUCUGAUAGCAACUAUCUUUCCAUGUGCCCCAGCACCAGCCACCUAAAAUCCCUGCAUUUGAAGGACAUCAUCCAGACAACUUUAGAUCCUGAGCUGCUACAUGUUCUGCUGAUGAGAUCCUCAGCCACCCUGCAGGACCUAGACUUGAGUGGAUGUAGGUUCAGCAACAACUUCUUUUUUUCCAUCCUACCCGUCCUAGGCCAGUGCUCCCAGCUCCAAUCCUUCAGCUUCUAUGGAAACUCGCUGUCUAUGGCUGACCUGGGAACACUAUUGAGGCGCAUCCUCCUGCUGCACAAACUUACCUUCCUGGAGCUUCCAGUGCCUUUUGAUUGUUACCUGGACAACACAGAUUCUCCCCAUCAGCGGACUCUUCAAUUGCACAUGGACAAGCUAAGAGAUAUAGUGCUGGAGUCAGGCAGACAGCCCAAGGAGAUGGCCAGCCAUAGAGACUCAGAUAGAGAGCAUGACUCAAUAGCCGUCCGUUUGUAG